GUGCCACAUAGUUUGGAUCAAGUAUUCAAAAUAAACUGAAUUAUUAUAUAGAUAUAAUCAGUUGAAUGUCAGAUCAUGUGUAUAAUUCUACAGAGGAGCAACUGGAAGAACGAAACUCAGCUCAACAGUUAGAUGGACUUAAUGCAGAGUUGGCACGCCUGAAACAACUUUUAAAAGACAAGGCUGAAGAAGAAUCAGGAGCUGAGGAUCCCAGUGCAGGUUUAGCAUGGAGCACAGCAUCCAGGAAAAGAGCUGUUGUGAAAUUGGAUUCAUCCAGCGCAGAUCCACUCUAUAGUGUUUUGUCUGGAAACAGCAGCUUGACUUGGCAAAGUACACCAGGCCAAAAGAAGGCUGGCCAUACCUGGGCCAUAUGGGCCAUUGAUGCCAUCAGCUCUGGGAAGCAUUAUUGGGAGGUGACUCUAGAGGGCUCUGCUGUGUGGUUUGUGGGUUUGGGGAGGAAAACUCUAAAACUGUCUUGGCUGUCCAGACCCAAACCUCAGGAUGGCCAAUGGGCUAUGAUGAUGUGGAACAUGUCGAGGGAUAGUUACCAGAUCAGGUCGUUAGGCUCAGACAUAGUUUUAGUUCAACUGAACAGAAUCGGUAUCUACGUGGAUUAUGAGGGGGGGAAGGUUGCCUUUUAUAAUCCAGACAAUCACAACCUUCUCAUGGUACUCAACGGGCCUUUCAAUGGACAGAUUUACCCUUUGUUCAGACUCUGCGUCAGCGGCCAACAAAACAUCAAACUCACAAUUUCCUAAUCUCCUAACAUUUGCUUCUGUACCGGGGGGGACCCAGUGCACCAGAGGGGGGGGGGGAACU